AUGAGUCCUAGGAUACGUAAGUUGUCCGAAAAAUUUAAUGGUGUCAUGUUCAGGGUAAUUGAAGGAGCAGCAUUUCGAGGUUCUUCGGACAAGUUAUUUACACAUCAUAAUGGAAAUUUUUUGGGUCUUGUCGAGUUGUUAGGAAAAUUUGAUUUAGUAAUGAAUGAACACGUUCGUCGUGUCAUGUCUCGUGAAACUCAUGUACAUUAUUGUGGAAAAACUAUUCAAAAUGAAAUUAUUAAUAUAAUUGGGAACUUAACACGUGACAAUAUACUAAGUCGAGUUCGCAAAGCUAAAUAUUAUAGUAUUAUGUUAGAUUGUACUCCAGAUAUUAAUCAUGUUGAACAACUUUCUUUGACUUUGAGAAUUUUUGAUAUCGACGAAAUGUGCAUUAAAGAACAUUUUAUAGAAUUUGAACCAAUAUUCAACUCGUCUGGUGAAGGAAUUUAUGAGUCUAUAUUAAGUAUGUUGAAAAGUUGUAAACUAGAACUAAAUGACUGUAGAGGUCAGGGAUAUGACAAUGGGGCAAACAUGAAGGGAAAAAAUAAAGGCGUUCAAGCACGAAUAUUAAGAGCAAAUCCUCGAGCUUUUUUUAUGCCAUGUGGUUGCCAUUCACUGAAUUUAGUAGUCGGAGACAGUGUUUCUUGUUCUAUUGAGUCAAAGAACUUUUUUGGGACGAUUCAAAGAAUUUAUGUUUUAUUCUCUGCAUCUGUUGAACGUUGGCAUAUCUUAAAAAAACAUGUAAAAUCUUUAACUGUUAAGUCACUUUGCGAAACUCGAUGGGAAUGUAGAAUAGAUUGUAUUAAUGCUAUUAAAAAUGAAAUCUCACAAAUAAUAGAUGCACUGAUAGAGUUAACCGAAUUAAAUACUGCUGAUCAUUUAGUUAUUUCUGAAGCUAAUUCAUUAAUUCAAUUUAUAGAGAGAUUCGAUUUUUUAGUUUUAAUAACUGGUCAUACAGAAGCUAUAAAAUCUGCUGAAAAAUUAGCUUUACAAUUAAAUGUUGAACCGAAAUUUAGAGUCACUCGUGUAAUACGUAGAAAAAAACAAUUUGAUCAUGAAUCUAGAGACGAAGCUUCAGAACCCCAAAACCCAGAAUUAUAUUUCAAACAGCAUGUAUUUAAUAACAUACUAGACCAAGCAAUAUCUUCUAUUUCUGAACAAAAUAAAAGCCACGAAGAUCUAUUAAAAUCGUGUAAGGAUCUACAUUUAAAACUUAACGAUCAGAAUAAAGAUAAGACAGAGUGCGAUUUGAAUGGUAUAGAUUUGUGUAAUGAAAUUGAGAUUGUAAGAUCAUUAUACUCUAAAAAAGAUAGCUGUCCAUUGGAAAUCUUAAGAUUUAUUAAUGAUAACAAAUUACAAGAUACCUUACCAAACUUAUGGGUGGCUUUAAGAAUUAUGAUGACAAUUCCUGUAACUACUGCAAGCUGCGAGAGAAGUUUCAGCAAAUUGAAGUUAAUAAAAACGUACUUGAGAUCAACAAUGACAGAAGAACGUCUCAACAAUUUAGCAUUAAUCAGUAUAGAAAAUGAUAUAGUUUCUAAAUUAGAUCUAAACGAAGCAAUACAAAAUUUUGCUGAUUUAAAAUCUAGAAAAAAAUGUUUAUUUUAA